GGAGCUCGAGACAAAUCCGCUGGAGAAAGAGCGAGGAAGGAGAGAUAUGUGAACAUAUCUGCUUGUUUGAGUCUCCUGUUACUUUUAAAAUGGAGAACUCCUCCAAAGAAGACUACAAGAUCCAGUCAUUUGAUUUAGAGACUCAGAAACUUCUCAAAACUGCCUUGAAAGACCCAGGAUCUGUUGACCUAGAGAAAGUGUCCAGUGUAAUAGUGGACCAGUCUCUGAAGGACCAGGUCUUCAGCAGGGAGGCCGGACGCAUCUGUUACACCAUUGUCCAGGCGGAGGCCAAACAGACGAACGGGAGUGUGUUUCGGCGUAAUCUGCUCAAUCGACUGCAGCAGGAGUUUAAAGCCAGAGAAGAGACGAGAAAGAGGUCGACUCAGGAGUGGGUUUGUCUCGUGUCCUUCAUCUGCAACAUCUUCGACUACCUCAAGGUCAACAACAUGCCCAUGGUGGCUCUGGUCCACCCGGUCUAUGACUGUUUGUUCAGACUGGCCCAGUCAGAUGCCCUGAAGAAUGAAGAGGAGGUGGACUGUCUGGUGCUGCAGCUUCACCGUAUUGGAGAUCAGCUUGAGAAGAUGAAUGUUCAGCUCAUGGACGAGCUCUUCAAUCUGCUGCGGGAUGGGUUUCUCCUGCAGGAGGAUCUGAGCUCCAUGGGGCGCCUGCUUCUGCUGGAGAUCCUGGAGUUUCGUGCUGGAGGCUGGAAGCUCAGCGACACAGCUCAGAAAUACUACUACAGUGAAGUGACGGACUGAGGCUCCACCAAUCAGCAAUCAGUGGAACAUGAAGACAUUGGAACCAAGGAUGGAGGUUUCAUUUUUAAGAUUAAAGAGAUUGCACUUGUUAUGCUUUCAAUCCACUUGAUUCAAACAUGUUUGGUGAACAAAUUAACAAUAUUAUUAUUUUUUUCUACUAUAGCAGCUGGUGUCCAACAUACUUUAAAAUAUCUUUCUUUUGUGUUUAACAGAAGAAAAGAAAUCAAAGUUGGAAUCACAAGACGGAGAGUAAAUCUUGAGUAAAUGUUCAUUUUGGAGUAAAUUAUCUCUAAGGUUGCAUUUACACUGCAGGCCUUGAUGGUCAUUGCCAGUUUAUGACUGGAUCAGAUUUUUUUGAUGACCCACUUACAUCAUCUUUUAAAAGUGACUCAUAUCCAGUCUGGUUUAUGCUUCUGCCUCGAGUGAUCGACGUGACUCAUGGCGCAUGGCUUGUGCAUUACUGUGCAUUUAUACUUCUGCAUGCUGUUUCUGUUGCUCUGCAAUACAAUACCGAAAAGCUAGUUGACAGUGAGGUUGUGUCGAGUUUCUUUGCUGGUGUUUUGUUUUUUUCUGAACGCUUCCUUAAUAUACA